CAAUACUUUCAAGUUUAUUUUGAAAAUAUCAAGUCCCAUAUUAUUUCCUUCCUUUGUUAUUUUUUUAACAUUCAAAUACCAUCUAGUCGAUCCGUAUUUAAAGAAUUCAAACUCGUAUUACAUUUGUGAGAGAAAGUCACCGAUACCACUAGAUUACAAUGCUAUGUACUCCUUUCUUACCUAAAAUAAAUAAAAAUUUCAUCUCCCCAUCUUGCCAAACCUAAAAGAAAGGGUCCCCAUUUUUUCUUUAUUUAAUUGGGAAAAAGUAACCUUUCUUUUUCUUGAAAAUACCUAGAAAACCAUUAAAUAUGUUCUGAUAUUCACCAAGAAAUAUUGCAAUCUUUUCUUGAAAACCCUAAAAAAGCCCACUACUUGUCUUACCUUUAAGAUUUAUACUUUUUUUUUUCUUGCAAACCCUAAAUGGCCCUAUUAUAAAUUAUCAUCUUUUAUUCACCAAGAAAGAUUUCAACUUUCUUUUUUCUUGAAAACCCUAAAACCCCAUUAAUUAUCUUCCUUCAUUCACAACAACACAUACACUUGAAAGCACACAAAGUAGGCUGACAGUACAGUGAACAGGCAGCUAGACAUUUUGUAAGAUUAUUAGUCUCUUCUGUUUCUUGAGUUUAGGGGAAAAAGUAGGAUUCAUGGUGAGCAGAUCAGAUCACUCAUCAAAACCCUUUUGUAACUUUCCUUUUUGUCUUUUUGGUCAAUAAGCUAAAGGAUCUGAGGUCCUCCUUUCUUUACAAUUCAUCUCUUACUUCACACUGUUUCACUUUAAAGGGGAAAAACUAGAGAGAGAAAGAGAGAGAGAGAGAGAGAGAGAGGGGGUUUGACCGAAGAGAUCGAGGUCAUCAUCAUAUCUUUCCUUCCUCCUUUGCUACUAACCCCAAGAAGAGUAUAGAAUUCAGUGUUUGUCAACUGGUGUUGCAGAAAUUGUUAGUAAAGAAUCUUGGUGCAAGAACAUUUAAGAAACAAAUGGCGUCAUCUUCAAAUUCACCAUGUGCAGCCUGCAAAUUCUUGAGGAGAAAAUGCCAACCAGAAUGUGUUUUUGCACCUUAUUUUCCACCAGAUCAGCCUCAAAAAUUCGCAAAUGUUCACAAAGUGUUUGGAGCCAGCAAUGUUACAAAGCUAUUGAAUGAACUCCACCCUCACCAACGCGAAGACGCCGUGAACUCGCUUGCUUACGAGGCGGAUAUGCGUCUUCGGGAUCCGGUUUACGGUUGCGUUGGUGUUAUCUCACUCCUCCAACACCAACUCCGGCAGCUUCAGAUGGAUCUUACGUACGCAAAAUCCGAACUUUCCAAGUACCAAAACCAUAACUUGAGUGGCACUACCGCUCAAGGACUUAUUGCUGCGGCAGCUGCUGCAGCAACCCACCACCAAACCCUAGGAAACAACUUGAUUUCCUGUUGUGGUGGUGGGGUCUCUCGAGACCAUCUGUACCACCACCACCCACAGUAUUUCCCCUCUAGGGAUCAACAUACAUCCGUCAUCCGGGCGUUUGAUGUGAACAACAAUUACGACACCUCCGCCGGUGUUCUUGCUAUGAAUAUAUCCGGCGGUGGUAUCGGCCAACACCCGCAAUUCCAGACUCCACGUGGCGCUGGAAACGAUGAUCUUCCAACGACAAUUGAUCCUUCUUAAUUAGGGUUUCAAAGGUAAUAAUAAUAAUUAUCAUUAUAUGAAGUGUUUCUAAUAUCAUUAAUAUUGUUCAUUGUAAUGAUACUACAUGUUGCUCGAUGCUAUCAUAAUUUUAUUUAUACUGGAAACUUUAUAAUUAAUCAUACCAUAUAUCAGUUUUGUUGUGC